AUGGGGGGAAAGCAAGCUGGAGGACAGGUGAGACAGCAGGACAGGAGAAGAUGGGGAGCCCCGAGGACGACCUCAUUGGGAUCCCGUUCCCCGACCACAGCAGUGAGCUCCUGAGCUGCCUCAACGAGCAGCGCCAGCUGGGCCACCUGUGCGACCUCACCAUCCGGACGCAGGGCCUUGAGUACCGCACCCACCGCGCCGUGCUGGCUGCCUGCAGCCACUACUUCAAGAAGCUCUUCACCGAGGGCGGUGGCGCCGUCAUGGGGGCUGGGGGUGGCGGCGGGACAGCCGUGGGGGGAGCAGGGGCAGGUGUGUGCGAGCUGGACUUCGUGGGGCCCGAGGCUCUGGGAGCCCUGCUCGAGUUUGCCUAUACCGCCACACUGACCACCAGCAGCGCCAACAUGCCGGCCGUGCUGCAGGCCGCCCAGCUGCUGGAGAUCCCCUGUGUCAUCGCCGCCUGCAUGGAGAUCCUGCAGGGCAGCGGGCUAGAAGCUCCGAGCCCGGACCAGGACGACUGCGAGCGAGCCCGCCAGUACCUGGAGGCCUUUGCCACGGCCACGGCCUCGGCCUCGGGAGUUCCCAAUGGUGGAGACAGCCCUCCACAGGCGCCGCCACCACCGCCCCCUCGGCCUGUCGCCCGCCGUAGCCGCAAGCCCCGCAAAGCUUUCCUGCAGACCAAGGGGACCCGGGCGAACCACCUAGUACCUGAGGUGCCCGCAGUACCCACCCAUCCGUUGACCUAUGAGGAGGAGGAGGUGGCUGGCAGAGUGGGCAGCAGUGGGGGCAGUGGGCUGGGGGACAGUUACAGUCCUCCCACAGGGACUGCCUCACCCCCGGAGGGGCCCCUGAACUAUGAGCCCUUCGAAGGAGAGGAAGAGGAGGAGGAGCUGGUGUACCCCCCGACCUACAGGCUGGCACAGGUCGGGGGGCCCCCGCUCUCCCCAGAGGAGCUGGGCUCGGACGAGGAUGCCAUCGAUCCCGACCUGAUGGCCUACCUCAGCUCCCUGCACCAGGAUGCCCUGGCACCAGGCCUGGAUGGCCAAGACAAACUGGGCGUGCGCAAGCGCCGCUCCCAGAUGCCCCAGGAGUGCCCCGUCUGCCACAAGAUCAUCCACGGGGCAGGCAAACUGCCACGCCACAUGAGGACCCACACGGGCGAGAAGCCCUUUGCCUGUGAAGUCUGCGGCGUCCGUUUCACCCGGAAUGACAAGUUGAAGAUCCACAUGCGGAAGCACACUGGGGAGCGCCCCUACUCGUGCCCGCACUGCCCAGCCCGCUUCCUGCACAGCUACGACCUCAAGAACCACAUGCACCUGCACACAGGGGACCGGCCCUACGAGUGCCACCUGUGCCACAAGGCUUUCGCCAAGGAGGACCACCUGCAGCGCCACCUCAAGGGCCAGAACUGCCUGGAGGUGCGCACCCGGCGGCGCCGCAAGGACGAUGCACCGCCCCACUACCCACCGCCCUCGGCCGCCACGCCGUCCCCUGCGGGCCUCGACCUCUCCAACGGCCACUUGGACACCUUCCGCCUCUCUCUGUCUCGAUUCUGGGAGCAGUCGGCCCCCACCGGGCCCCCUGUCUCCACUCCAGGGCCCCCUGAUGACGAGGAGGAGGAGGGGACACCCACCACUCCGCAGGCCGAAGGUGCCAUGGAGUCCUCUUAAAGAGGGAGGGGCGGCCGGCUGGAGCAGCACACACGGGGCCACCCAUGCCAAGCAGUGGGAGCCUGCAGGACAGACAGAGCUGGGGUCAGAGCACCGAACCGCCCUGGCGUCAGAAAUCAUCCCCUUCUCCCCAGAGCCCUGAUUCCAGUUCCAAGCUGAGAAGGUUUUGGGGCGAAGGCUCCCCAGAUUGGGGUGGUCUCCCAAGGAGUGAUCCAGAUGAUCUUAUGUAUAUACUUACAGCUCUCUUGUAAAGGUGGGGUCCCUGUCUCCAGCUGUGCCUGGGGAGUAGAAGCAAUAAUGUAUUUCUGAUUUGUGGGGUCCCUCUUCGGCUAUGCGGGUUUCUAGGGGGUCCGGGGCUUGGGACCAAAGCCUUGCCCUGCCCCCAUGCCCCUUGGGGCUUUGGCUGUGUCAGGGGGUGAAGGACAGCCCCUCCCUUCCUAGACCCCUCCUUCCUGGUUUCUGUUCCCUUUUCCUGGCGGUGCAAGGGGGGGCGGCAAAAGCAGGGUAGGUGGGGGAAAGCAAGGUAGAAGCUUGAAUGACCGACCGGGGGCGGGGGGGGGCCUGGGCCUGUAAGGAAGGAGCCAUCCCAGUCCCCCUCCGCCCAGCUCCCAGCGCUGAGUCAUGGGGUCCUGGAGAAGCAGGAGGCGGGGUGGCCCGAUUGGCUCGCCUGCCCCUGGGGGCAGCGGGAGGGGCCCCGCCCAGCCAGGGGUGCUGCUCCGCAGUUCUGCUCAGUCCUCCCCUCCCCUCCCGCGUCCCCGGGCAGGGAAUGUCUUGUUCCCGCCGCUCCCUCCCCGGGGCCAGAGGGCAGGGCGGGCCGGGCUGUGUCCUACCCUCUGCUCCUCCCCGCCUCCUCCCCGCCCAGGUGCGGGCCGCUGCCGCCCCUGACUCACGCCGCCCCCGGGCUGGCGCGGCGCUGGGUGUGGGCCGGCGAGGGGCUGGGGAGCCGGGCGGAGAGCGGGCUCGCCGGCGCCACCUGGCGGCCGCGCCCCUCGCGGGCGGGCGCCCCCAGCGGCCACUUGGCCGCCGUCACCUCCACCCGCGGCUGGGGAGCCGGUCCCCUUCAUGGAGGCCCGCAGAGAGCUUCUCGCUGGGCCCCGGGAGCGGGGAAGGAGUCCAUGUCCCCGAACCUUGCCAGCCGGGCUCUGCUGAGGUCGAACCCGCCCCCUUCUGUACAUAGCCUCUUCUGUUGGUCUUGUCCAGAUCUAGUUUCAGAUUUUUAACGACCCAAUUCCGCCCCCUUCCCCUUCCUCGCUGGGUGCUGGACCCCCCGUUGUGGCCUGGGCUCUGCCUUGCACUAUAACCCCCACCCCCCACCUCGCGGCCCCUCCCCCUCCUUAAAAGGGGCAGGUUCAGGGGCCGGGUGCUCUCCCUCCCAUGCACCCCUAUGCCCAUUUGCACAGCUGCCCAGGUACCCCCAGUCGUGGGGGGGAGGGUCACGGGGAGGAGGGUAGUGGGACCAGUCCCUGAAUCUAUUUAAAAAGUAAUGUUGUAAUAUAUUGGGGUAGGGGGAGGUCGGGUUGCUCUGGGCCUCAUCUUAGCAUUUCAGGUGAUAGGGGAGCCCAAGGUUGGGGAGACCUGGGGCCCAUCCCUCGGGAGUGAGGACAGUGUGGCCUCCACCCUCCUUCCUUGCUGCUUCUCCACUCAGUGCCUUAGGGGGGGAGGCAACCCCCCUCUCUUGUUCCCUUCCCCUCCCCGUACCCCCCACCUCUGGUGUAAAAGUGACAGGAAGAAAUAAUAAUAAUUUAAGAUUCACAUCGUC